UCUUGUCCGGACUUUAUUACGAUGAAAACAGAAGAAACCCAAAGGUGUGUCCUGCAAAUGACAAACGACCAUAGCGAUGAUAACCGUGGCGUUGCCAUGGUAAAAAGUGAAUUGCGUAAAACUAUUCAGUCGAGGCGAGAGGCAAAGGGUCUUGGAUUUGUUGAAUUAGCGGACGAACAAGAAGAAAAGAAAACAAUCGAGUUAUCGAUUGAGGAAAGAGAAAAAAUAAACUCGAGAAAAGAACGGAAUCGGUUAUCUGCGCAAAAGUGUCGAAAAAGACGUCGAGAACAACUGGAAUAUCUCAGUCGGGAGGCAAAAUCCAUCAAUGAAGCGAAUAGCGAGUUGGAAAAUGAGAUUGAAUAUUUGCAGAUGGAAAAAGAACAACUUUCUCGAAUGCUUCGUGAACACUGUUGCAACAUGACCCGGAUAGAUGCGUAUGAUCAAAGAAAUGAAGUUUCUUGAAAUAUUUUGCUGUAUCAAAUACUAGGGAUGACCUUUCAAGGAUGAUUUCUGACUUUCUCGUUUUUUUAUAGCUACCUAGCUACAGCUACACUCACGUCAAGUUUUUUAUAUAAUUCAUUUCACGUCGCUACAAACGUACUAAAUUGAGGAGAAAAUAU